UUUGAAUGUCUUCACUGAAGGUUGUUAUGACCUUCACACUUUUCAAUAUCAUUAGGUAUAGGUGGUAACCUUGUUCGUCAUAAAAUGUCGAAGUCAUCGUUACCGGUAGACAUUUUCUUCCAAAACUUUCGGUUUUUGAAAAAGACGAUAGUGGUCAAUAACGAUGACUAUAACAGUGCAUUCAGAGCCCUUAAUAAAAUACUAAAUGUUGACAAAGUAAGAAGUACAGUCAACUUUCAACGAUAUUAUGAGAGACCAACUGUUUGGAGACGAAGAUUUAUGUAUGAACGUUGUAAACGUAUAUAUAACUCUGAGAUGUCAAGAAAAAUUUCACUUGUAAUGCGUACACAUAGAGUUGAUCCAUGGCCUCGUUAAAAAAAAAAAACUAUUCAUUUGCUUAGUUGUAUUUUUUCCAUUGUACAAAUUUACAAUUAUUAGAUUGUGCAACAGUAAUACAAACCGUUUUGUAUACCUAAAUGGUA